GACGUGUCUAACGCCGAGUUGUAGUGGCCUGGACUCCAGGUUAGCUGGCUGGCAGGCGGAAAAGACGCAACUCAAAGGAAAGUUUACGACAUAUUUAUUUUAUACGUUUUCUUGCCAUUUUGUUAAUAAUUGUUUCUCUAUUAAUAGUAUUAAGCUAAGUCUGAGUUGGCAAGAUGCUGGACUUCUUCGCCAUAUUUAGUAAGGGGGGUAUAGUGUUGUGGUAUUUUCAGGGGGCCGGGGUUUCGGAGUCCUUCGCAGGCCCCGUCAACGCUCUUAUCCGCUCUGUAAUCCUACAGGAGCGCACUGGACAUAGCUCCUUCACUCACAAUGCCCUGAGUCUGAAAUACAAGCUGGACAACGAGUUUGAGCUUGUGUUUGUGGUGGGUUUUCAAAAAAUCUUGACGCUCACGUAUGUGGACAAGUUCUUAGAUGAUGUUCACCUUCACUUCAGAGAUCGUUAUAAGAAUGAGUUGGAACACAAAGGGGACCUUAAAUUCUUGGUCAAUCGUUUUGAGUUUGAGGAUGACUUCCUUAGGCUUCUGCAUGAAGCAGAAGGGGAAAGUGUAACUAAACCCCAAAAGGAAAUGAGGACUUAUUAUAAGUCCCAGAAGUCUCAGAAAACUGUGAAGUCUAUGAUAGAGACAAAAGGUGGAGACAAAGGGAAGGAGCAGACCAGCAAGAAGAAUAAGAAUGCUAAAAAAGAAGCUGAAUCAGGAGGGUUGGAGCAGGCCAGAUCUGGUUCUCAGAGUGUCGCUAAGAAAACGGUGGAGAAUGGGAACCAGGCUCUGACUCCGCAGGAGAUCAUUCAGAGGAACCGUGACAAGUUCUUCCAGAAGCAGAUGGUUGGCCGAGCUGAGAAAGCGAAUAAGUCCCCAAAACCCCAGCAGCGAAAGAAGAAGGAGAACAGAGAGUGGGACAUGCAGGGUACCAACCCCAAGGUUCUGGACUAUAGUCGAACUGAUGGCAUUGGUUCCCAUAACAAUCAGGGACAAGACCAGGAGGUCUCAGCCGAAUCACAAAUCCAGGUGGGCUCUAUGAAGGGUGACCUACGUGAUUUCGACUACAACUCCUCAGAAGACGAGGAAGAAGAGGAGGAAGAAGAGAGAGUUGUGGCUGCUGAAGUCAGCAGGAAAGGGGCUACGAAGGGUGGUUUUGGUGGUAUGUUUGGAAUGCUGAGAGGUCUGGUUGGCUCAAAGACUCUGAGCCAGCGGGACAUGGAGCCAGUUCUGGAGAAGAUGAAAGACCACCUCAUAGCUAAGAAUGUAGCAGCCGACAUUGCCUCCCAGCUCUGUGAUUCUGUCGCCAAGAAACUGGAAGGAAAAGUCAUGGGCACUUUCACCACUGUGGCCUCUGCUGUGAAGCAGGCUCUGCAGGACUCUCUGGUGCACAUCCUGCAGCCCAAGCGGAGGGUGGACAUCCUGCGAGAUGUUCUGGAGGCCAAAGCUCAGCGCAAACCCUUCGUCAUCACCUUCUGUGGGGUCAACGGGGUCGGCAAGUCCACCAAUCUCGCCAAGAUUUCCUACUGGUUGAUUGAGAACGGCUUCAGCGUGCUGAUUGCUGCGUGUGACACAUUUCGUGCGGGGGCAGUGGAGCAGCUGCGAACUCACCAACGGCGACUCAACUCACUCCACCCACCAGAGCAGCAUGGAGGACGGCCUGCCGUCCAGCUCUUUGAGAAGGGUUAUGGAAAGGAUGCUGCUGGCAUUGCCAUGGAGGCUAUCACCUAUGCCCGUAAUCAGACUUUUGACGUGGUCCUGGUGGACACGGCCGGUCGCAUGCAGGAUAAUACCCCGCUGAUGACUGCUCUGGCCAAGCUUAUCGAUGUUAAUACCCCAGACCUGGUGCUGUUUGUUGGAGAGGCUCUGGUGGGGAAUGAGGCUGUGGAUCAGCUGGUUAAGUUCAACCAAGCACUGGCCGAUCAUUCUAAGUCUGACCGGCCAAGGCUGAUCGACGGUAUUGUUCUCACCAAGUUUGAUACCAUUGAUGAUAAGGUUGGUGCUGCAAUAUCCAUGACAUACAUCACAGGUCAACCCAUCGUGUUUGUGGGAACUGGACAAACCUACAAUGACCUGCGCAGCCUCAAUGCCAGAGCUGUAGUGAAUGCGCUCAUGAAGGCCUAAUGGGGGUGUGCCCACUGGCUCACAUGCCACAGUGCCCACUUGCAUCCAAUUCUGGAUGAGCAGGGUCUGCUUAGCCUUCCAACUAAAGAUCACAUCUCCUGAACUCCAGUUCUCAUGUCUCAGCCCUUCUUGAAGGGGUUCAAACAGUGUUGCAAAAUUUGUGGCGUUUUUGUUGGGGGGUUUUUUGUUUGUUUUUUGUGGUAUUGUAGAUAUUUUCUUAAGUUAAAAGAUUUUGACAUUAGGCUUCAAAAGCUCAACUCUGACCUAGCCUCUCUUGAAGGCCUUAGUAAUUAAAAACUGUUGCCCUGCCUACAGAAAGUUUCUUCAGACUUCACUUGACAGUUCAUCCAUUUGAGGUUUCUACCAGCUAAAAGGUGGAAUGUUUUGUUUUGUUUUUUUUUCUCCCCAAUUUCAUAUGAAGGCACCCCAGGACCGACCCUGUCCAAGCGUUAGUGGUAUACAUAUUGGAUAGCUAUCCUUGCAAGCACUGGUUUUGAACCCCAAUACUGCUCAAUCCUGCCUGACCUUCCAUUCCAGUCUGUCCAUUAUAGCAUUUGGAUCUGGACUCUUGUGCACACACAAGCUGAGGAAGAGGAGGAUAUGUUGAUGAGAGAAAUUACUGAACUGUCCUCCUGUUCUUGCUCUGUGCAUGCAGCCCAAAUGUUCUUAUACUGUCUGUCCCAAACAUCGACAUGGAUCAAAUAUAAUAAACAAUCUUAAUAUAUUCUAAA